AAGUGGAAGUGUGCUAAUCACUUAGCACAUCUCCUAACAUGGCUACAACGUAACAGUGGUUCCAACUAGUUUUAAUUACAUUGACGUGUAUAUGUUGCGGUUACCUCUAUAUAAAACAGUUACUUAGUUACCUCUAAGUUUUCUGGGAUAAGCCACGUGCCAGGAUAGCAAAUGCCAACGUCUUAGGGAAGGUUGAUCUUCUAGGAGUUUGCUGCGGAGCGUUUAGUUGGCUCAACAUGAAGACAAAUAAGUCAUACAAGCUUGUGCUGCACAAGAAAGGAUUUGGUGGAAGUGAUGACGAGCUGGUUGUCAACUCAAAGAUUUUUCCUCAAGUCAGUUUGGGGGAUAUAAUUGAGAUUGCACACCCUACAGACGAAUACAGCCCUCUUCUGCUGCAGGUUAAGAGCCUAAAAGAGGAUCUUCAGAAAGAGACAAUCAGUGUGGACCAGACUGUAGCGCAGGCCUUCAAGCUGCGUGCAUACCAGGAUGUCAUUGUUAACAUCGUUGACCCAAAGGAUGUGACACUGGACCUGGUGGAGCUGACAUUUAAGGACCAGUACAUUGGUAGAGGAGACAUGUGGAGGCUGAAGAAGAGUCUGGUGAGCACAUGUGCAUAUGUGACCCAGAAGGUGGAGUUUGCAGGAAUCAGAGCUCAGGCUAGUGAACUGUGGGUGAAGGGAGAGAAAGUGACCUGUGGCUACAUCAGUGAAAAUACCAGGGUGGUGUUCAGAUCCACAUCUGCGAUGGUCUACAUCUUCAUCCAGAUGAGCUGUGAGAUGUGGGACUUUGAUAUUUAUGGUGAUCUCUACUUUGAGAAGGCUGUGAACGGCUUCCUGUCUGAUCUUUUUGCCAAGUGGAAGGAGAAGAACUGCAGUCACGAGGUCACGGUUGUACUUUUCUCUCGUACGUUGUACAACGCUAAAACCAUCGAUGAAUUUCCAGAGAUCAUGAGAGGGUCCAUCAGACAAGAUCACGAGGGCCGUUUCUAUGAAGACUUCUACAGGGUCGUGGCUCAGAAUGAAAGACGGGACGAGUGGACAUCAUUACUGGUUACCAUCAAGAAGCUCUUCAUUCAGUACCCUGUCCUGGUACGACUCAGGGAAGCAGAUGGUUUUCCUGUGGCUUAUAACUCUACUGCUGCACAAGGAAACUACCUGGAGGCCAUUAACCUUUCCUUCAAUGUGUUUGACAAACAUUACAUCAACCGAAACUUUGACCGCACCGGCCAGAUGUCAGUGGUCAUCACACCUGGAGUUGCAGUGUUUGAAGUCGACCGUCUGCUCAUGAUCCUCACUAAACAGCGAAUGAUUGACAAUGGUAUUGGCGUAGACUUGGUUUGUAUGGGAGAGCAGCCACUGCACGCCGUACCUUUAUUCAAGCUGCAUAACAAGACAACACCUGGAGACUCGCGUGUGGGAGAUGACUACAACCUUCCUCACUGGAUCAACCACAGCUUCUACACCUCCAAAAGUCAGAACUCUUGUAGCUCCUUCACCCCACGAAUCAAGCUGGCUGGUCAUAAGCUUCAUGCUGAAAAAUUCAAGAACAGCCGAGACCACACUCUCUGUGUACCGAAGGACUCCGACAACAGUCUGCCCAUACAGGUGGACUACGAUGCUCAUGAUGCUCAGGUGUUUAGACUUCCAGGUCCUUCACGAGUUCAGAGGAGCACAACCCUCAGGAUGGGUCGAGACAAAGAGACGAGUGGAAGGAAGAGCUGGGGCUCGGUGGACAUCAGUACAGGCAUGGGUGUGUCCCCGCCCGUUCGUUCAGGAGCUCCAGAAGAACAGCGGAGUCUGGCCUCUGAUGAUAGUCUCGGUCCCGUGUCCAACAUGUUGCUGAUACCACGUGUGGCUCCUGCUCAGUAUGAAGUCAGCAGCUCUUUGGGAUAUACAAGCACCAGAGAGUUGUUAGAGAAGAUGAUGGACUCUCAGAGGGACUUCAGUGCACCCGGCAGGUUCACAGUGGGAAGUGCCGAGUCCACACUGCACAUUCGUCCAGGAGGUUACACUCCUCAGCGGGCCCUUAUAAAUCCCUUCACACCAUCCAGGAUGCCCAUGAAGCUGACUUCCAACCGCCGGCGCUGGAUGCACACGUUCCCUGUCGGUCCCUCUGGGGAGGCGAUCCAGAUUCACCACCAGACCAGACAGAACAUGGCAGAGCUGCAGGGCAGCCAGCAGAGAGAUCCUGCCCACACUUCAGCUGAGCUGCUGGAACUGGCUUAUCACGAGGCCACGGGAAGGCGUACAACCUCGAGACUAGCAGGCGAGAACAGCCUUUAUGUGUGUGGAGGGAUGGAAGACUUCACUGGAACUCCAGGGAGCAACAACAGUGGACCUCUCUCCAACCGCACCUCCUCAUUUCAAGACCUUUCCACCAACGGUGCCGAUCCAACCCUGCUGCUGUCUGCACCCCCGACAGUGCCCAGCUUUUGCUGCACGGUGGGGGUAGACUGGAAGUCCCUGACCACACCUGCCUGCCUCCCCCUCACCACCGACUACUUUCCUGACCGCCAGACUCUGCAGAACGACUACACCGAAGGCUGCUACGACCUGCUGCCACACAGCGACCUGGAGAGGCGAGAAGAUGAAGCUCCAGCAAUGACUGCGUCUCAGGUGUUUGAAGAAUUCAUCUGCCAGAGGUUGAUGCAGGGAUAUCAGAUCAUCGUCCAGCCCAAUAACAGGAAACCCCAGCCUGCUUCGGCCACACCUCUCGGCAGUAGUCCUCUUUAUACCAGAGGUCUGGUGUCCCUGCGGCGAGCGGAGGAAGAGGAGACCGUGUUCUGGCUCAGCAUGGGCCGGACCUUCCACAAAGUCUGCCUCAAAGACAAGAUCAUCACCGUUACUCGAUACCUGCCAAAGUAUCCGUACGAGUCUGCUCAGAUCCAGUACAGCUACAGCCUCUGUCCUCCUCACUCUGAUGCUCAGUUUGUGUCCUGCUGGGUGGAGUUUGGACAUGAGAGACUGGAGGAAUAUAAGUGGAACUACCUGGACCAGUACAUCUGCUCUGCUGGAUCUGAGGACUUCAGCCUCAUAGACUCACUGAAGUUCUGGAGGACUCGCUUCCUCCUUCUGCCAGCUGGAGGGGCUCGCCGGGUGGCGGACGGGGAGGGACACUGGGAUGUAUAUGGUGAGGGAGGGGGUGCUGGCAUUGGUGGCAGUGGGGAUUGGGUUUUACUGGACGGCUUCAUUCGCUUCCUGGAGGGUCUGAACCGUAUCCGUCGACGCCACCGCUCUGACAGGAUCAUCAGGCAGAAAGGAACGCCAAUGAAAGGACUGCAGGUCACCAGUCCUCUGCCUUCAUACCCCACGGAGCCUGUGCUGCCACCUCAAGGAAAGAGAGGCACAUCAGCUUUAUCAGCUCUGCUGGAGAUGGAGCAGAACCAGAAGUCUCUAGAGGAGCAGCAGCAGGUAAAGCCAUCUGCAGCUGUGGGCGACCUCUCAAGCGUUGUCACAGCGACCACAUAUGUAGACAGCCCGCGCAAGGAUGCUGCCUUUAUUUUGGAUUUUAUACGUAGCCCUCGAUCCUCCUACAUCUAUCACUCUCAGCUGCCUGCAGAAAACACAGAGGCUGCAGAUAAAGUUCAGCUGGGAGCGCCGUCAGCCGCUCCGCCUGCAGGAGAGGCUGCAGUCAGCAGCACAGACAGCAGUGGGCAGUCUGCAGCUGCAGCCCUCUCUCUGUCUUCUUCCUCAACGCUCUUGGAGAUACUUGAAGCCAUCAAACAUCCUACGACAGGUGUACAGCUGCUCCCAGACCAGAAAGGCCUUCCGCUCAACUGCUUCAUCAGUGCAGAGGUUGUUCAUUGGCUGGUAAACAAUGUGGAGGGCGUGGCCACACAGGGGAUAGCUGUGGAUAUCAUGCAGAAAAUGCUUGAUGAAGGUUUGGUGGCUCAUGCUUCAGGAGACGCUAUGCGUACUUUUGUCUAUGGCUUCUACUUCUAUGGGAUCGUAGGAGAAAAGGAUGGUCUGACCUCCCAGCUUACGACCACGGCGGCUGGAGGCUGGUCAGCUGCAGCUCUUGAAGACUUUGCCCUUUUCCAGAGGAAAUGGUUUGAGGUGGCCUUUGUGUUGGAGGAGCGGCGCCCCUGCGACCUUCCAGCCUUUCUCCUACCCUGGCUACCCAGCCGGCCAGCCUCCUACGCAAGUAGGCACAGCUCCUUCAGCCGCAGCUUUGGAGGACGCAGCCAGGCCGCCGCACUGCUAGCGUCCGUAGAUGGAGAUGAAUUCUGCCACAUCGCUGAUUGAUGUGAUCAAAAUUCUCCACGACCCGAUCCAUGCAUGUGAUCUGGUGAGCGAGUGGCUGAUCCAGUGAUGGUAAAGUGGUGUUUCGGUGCAUGCUGUGGUGUUAGCGGCUGUGGUGUGCAUCGUCCUCCCCUGUUGCUCUGCUUACGUUUUCAGCUGAAAGUACUCUCCCAGCUCUGCAGGCUGCACCGGGGCCUGUUUCCUGUUUCCGCUUUCAAGCUUUAAAUGUCUGGAAGUGCUUCCAUUCUUAAAACGUCGGCUUUGCAAUGUUCAUCUUAACCAGUUUUAGUUAUUCUGUCUCUACCUUGUUUUUAUUUGUGUUACUUAUACCAGGACAGCUUUUACCUCAAACAACUAACACUGACUGCAGCCAGAAAUGCUUCUUUAGCUCUUCUUUGCAAGUUAGUAAUGAAUUAAAUGAGAAACUUUCAUUUCUGUUUGUCAGCUUUGUUUAUCCAUCACUGAUUCACAAGUAAGUCAUCUCAAGGCACCUUUACAGACACAGUCCAGUUAAAUCCAGCUCAUUGUAGUCCAGUUAAAUCCAGCUCAUUGUAGUCCAGUUAAAUCCAGCUCAUUGUAGUCCAGUUAAAUCCAGCUCAUUGUAGUCCAGUUAAAACAAAUAUAUGAUCCACUAUAGUCCAGUUUAUAAUAACUGUGUUAAACUAGUUCAUAAAAAUGACAGAGCUAAGAAAACCACAAUCAGAACCAGGUCCUGGAAGGAAAACCUCCAUCAGAACCAGGUCCAGGAAGGAAAACCUCCAUCAGAGCCAGAACCAGGAACGACAACCAUCUUUUUUGGACCGGUUGGGGGUGGAGAGGACAGGAAAGAGGGUCAACCAGCAGCAGACCUCUAAUCC